AUGGGGAAGAUCAUCUUUUACGAGGACAAAAACUUUCAGGGCCGCUCAUACGAGUGCAACUGUGACUCUGCCGACUUGCACUCCUUCUUCAGCCGCUGCAAUUCCAUCCGCGUGGAGAACGGAAAUUGGAUGAUCUAUGAGCACCCCAACUACAAGGGGCACCAGUACUUCCUGAAGAAAGGGGAAUACCCUGACUUCCAGCAGUGGCUGGGUUUCAAUGACUCCAUCAGGUCUUGCCGUUUGACCCCACAAGUAGGAUCUCUUUCUGCUAUAUCACACCGUGGCACCUUCAGAAUCAGGGUUUAUGAGAAGGAAAAUUUUGGAGGCCAUAUGAUGGAAUUCACAGAGGAUUGUCCACACGUCUACGAGCAGUUCCGUUAUAAUGACAUUCAUUCCUGCAGCAUCCCUGAAGGCCAAUGGAUAUUUUAUGAAGAGCUCAACUACAGAGGGCGCCAAUACUACCUGAAACCUGGCGAGUACAGGAGAUAUUCCGAUUGGGGUGCAAGCAGCCCCAGAGUGGGCUCCUUCAGAAGAGUUUUGGAUUUAUUUUGA